AUGGGAGUCUCCUGCGGACGGCAUCACGAAGUGGAUGUGACUAAAUCGGAAUACAGAAAAAUGGGCUUACUAAAGGAGCACGCUUAUUCGGUGCUGGAAGUCAUUUCCACUGAGCAACUCAGACUAGUCAAAUUACGUAAUCCGUGGGGUGGCAUUGUGUGGAACGGAGCAUGGUCAGACCGAUCUCCACUGUGGACCCCUUCUCUCCGCUCAGAGCUGGUACCUGAGGGCUCUGAAGAGGGCAUCUUCUGGAUCUCCUUCACCGAUCUCUGUCGCUACUUCGAAAUGGCCAUUGUUUGCAAAAUUCAACCAAACUGGUUUCAGUACGCCUACGAGGGACCCUUUACCGGGUCAAAUCCAAACGGAUGGACCGCUUAUGAGCUGCAAAUUGACAGUCAAUUGAUUGAAGCGGAGUGCUCUCAAGCCGAGGUGACGGCGACAUUGUACCAAGAACUGAAAGGAAACAAAAAAACUCCAAAUCAAGCCAUCUUUCUGGUUCUCUUUGAGCUGCUCAACUCUCAGUCAUCGCCGGUCAUUGGCUCCUUCGUCUCCUCAAGCGUCUGCAACUCGCAAGGAGCAGUCACACUGGAGGCAGAGUUGAAACGACAAAAGCGGUACAUGUUGGGCGUCUUUGCAUUCAACGACUGGCACCAAAAUGAGAGUCAGAGUUCCCAGCCUUCUCAGUACGUACUGCGAAUCAACAGCUCCAAGCAGCUGCUGGUUGACUGCUGCAGUGCGAAUUCAGUUCUACUUGGAGACAUGGUCACUUACUACGUCAAGGCGAAGGGCAAACCGAUCCACAGACCGAACAUAACCACCUACCAACUGAACACUGAUUGGGCCGGUCUGGUGAGUGUUGUGGAGAACCGUGACCCACGACUUUGGCUUCAGGUGUCGAUGCAAACUUCACUCAAACCGACAGUUGAACCCUCGAGCCAGACUACCUCUGGGUACACCUCUGCUGAGCCUCUGAACUACAGCCAGAAAGUGGCACAAAGUCUACAAAUCGAAAAUCACAGUGAUGAUCUCACGAAAAAAGCUCCCAAGCAAAAGCUUGGUGACGAAGAUUCAGACCGAAAGUAUCUGGCGUCAUCGAGAAACGCCCUUCACACAAGGGAUCUCAUUCCACCACUGCACUGGUAG